UCAAGCCUUUACUGCGGGACAGACCUUUCGGGUGAGCUGAACCGACCCGGAUGUGUCUCACGAUUUCGAAAGCGCAGCAAGCCAUGGCACGAGAUAUCCUGGAAAACUUCCCUUUCCAGGUAGCUGUAACAGCUGUGGCGUUACCAGGGCGUUAAUGUUACUCACGGUGCUGCGCUCCAACCACCAUGGCCUGACUCGCCGACGACGUUGCUCCCCGCCCUCCAUCUCUCUCCCCGCUCUUGAUGAGCUGCCCUCACAAUGCCUACGACGUGCUCAACAUUCUACCAGCUCCUGUUUCUGGGAUUGUGUCGCUCUAACCUUAGCGUCUCAUCCGCAUUAAAUGACCAACAUGAUGCACGCACCCUUCACACCCGCGACAUAUCCGUCGCAAGCGCAUCAAGCUUCAUUAUAGUUGUCGCGGUCGGAUUUAUCGGCAUCCUCCUCAUAUGUGCAGGCAGCAGUACGUGGUACAGGCGGCGACUCGCCCGUCGCCAUGUCCUGCCUGAUCGUGCGACCACUCGAGGCCUGGCGCCGCGGCCUCAGCUCUGGGACGUCUAUCUUCCAGACCUACAGGGGUCUCCUGACUUGCGAGACAGCGCAGAUUGGGAUCGAGUGCUGGUGAGUGUCGCACUUUCCAUGGACCGCUUGACCGCACCAUUAUCGACUCUGGAUCUGACUCUUGAGCCCAGCCUUUGGCGGUGAAGAUCGAAAAUGAAAAGAUCGCAGAUACGGCCAGCGUCGGAGAGAGGGGGAAGAGGCCAGAGCGAGCUGUGAGGCCUAGAAACCGUGUCGCAGACUGGUAAUGCUCCUCUAGCCAGCUCUGUCUCGGGUGUCUAACCCCCUAUAGGUUCAGGCCCUGGCCUUCCCGCGCUGCGCCUUCAUUGCAACAAGUCCAGUCUCUGCCGCAGACUGCUCUUUCUCCGCCGCGAAUUCCUCCGCCGACAGAACUCGCUGGCGCCGAGGUCGUGGUGCUUAUUACGAUGCCUUCUCCGCAGGCUUCGCCACACUUCUCAGGUAUAAGUGGCCGGCAGUCGCCGCUUGAUGUGCUGGGUCUGUGGGCAGAGUGCGCUGUUGGCACGUCAAAGCUACCCUAUCGCCGAAAGACAGAUGACUUUAUUUCGCCUGUUCCUUCAUGAUGACCCUGCUGUCUCAUUCGGCUUUGCUAUGAUUGACUCGCUUCAUCCCGUGACAGGUCAUGACGACAUUCACGUGAGGGAGCGCCAUUCGGUACGAUCACAUUACGAACCUCUCGAGUCGUCCCCCACAGGUUUGUUCAUACGAGGGAGCAAUCUCGCACAGCCUCUGGCACCGGCUACGAAAAUGAAAGAUGAUGCCGCUAUGUCGGUUUGACCUAUCACAUUUUUCUUGCAGCCCUGAACUAGCCCUCACCUGAAUGUCCGAGAAAGAGUCGGAUUAUAUCCACCACACUAAUUGCCCUGAGACCUUCGCAUGCUGAAUAUGCGCAAUACUGAACGCGAAGAGCAGGGUCUCUGACUGAUCAUCCACCCCCAUUUACGCACCAGGAUAUGUAACGGCUCUCGUGCGUCCAUCCGAAAUACGUUACCGAGGACGUACAACUGCGUCAUGCUCUUCGUGUCUGUACAUGUCCGUACGCGCUUUUCAGCCUGGUAAGUACU